CGAUCUUGCGCUUCUGACGUCACGAUCUGUCGAUUCUUAACAAGAACUCGCAAAUUUUUUCGAAUUUUAUUGGAAAUAAGGAAACAAAAUAUCAACUUUUUAGCCUUAUAUGACUCAGAAAACAAUGACCUCAAACGAUACUUAUAUGGAUACCAGCGUAAUGUCACCUAUAAGCGAAGAUAUGGACCAGGUAGCUAGGAUAUGCAUAGAAACAACGAUCGAUCGGAUUACACGACAGGGUCAUAUAAAUCGUCCUACAAAACCCCUUCAGAAGAAUUAUCCAAAUUGUAUUUGGAGGAAAGGGGAACAAGCAUAAAGUAUUUCGAUAAAUGGAGCGAAGUGGAACAAAUCGACUUCCUCCAAACACUGCUAGCUAGAAUGUGCCAUUAUCAACACGGACAAGUCAAUUUAUUUCUUAAACCUAUGUUACAAAGAGACUUUAUUUCAGCAUUACCAGCUAAAGGCCUAGAACACAUUGCGGAAACGAUUCUCACAUAUUUAGACGCUACAUCACUGCGAGCAGCAGAACAAGUAUGUAAAGAAUGGAAGCGGGUGAUAGAAGAAGGAAUGCUGUGGAAAAAGUUGCUGGAGCACAAAGUAAGAACAGACUCAUUAUGGAAGGGACUGAGUGAUCGACGACCAUGGGGUAAUCAUCUUUUUCGCCCAAAACGACCUGAAGACGUCAAACCACAUUCCUAUUAUAGGGACCUUUAUCCCAAGAUAAUAAAGGAUAUUAAUCAAAUUGAAACAAACUGGCGUACCGGUCGACAUUCUCUGCAGAAAAUUCAAUGUAGGAGUGAAACAAGUAAGGGUGUCUAUUGUCUACAAUACGAUGAUAAUAAAAUUAUAAGUGGUUUACGAGACAAUACUAUCAAGAUAUGGGAUAGAAAGUCUUUAAAUUGUGUCCAAGUUCUCACAGGUCAUACUGGCUCAGUUUUAUGUUUACAGUAUGAUGAAAAAAUAAUCAUUUCUGGAUCAAGCGACUCAACAGUCAGAGUUUGGGACGUCAACACUGGCGAAAUGCUCAAUACACUAAUUCAUCAUUGCGAAGCAGUCUUGCAUUUAAGGUUUAGCGAUGGUAUUAUGGUUACGUGUUCGAAAGAUCGGUCGAUCGCUGUAUGGGAUAUGCAAUCACCUAGAGAAAUAAAUUUGAGGCGUGUCCUGGUAGGUCAUAGGGCUGCGGUGAAUGUAGUCGAUUUCGACCAGAAGUAUAUUGUUUCUGCAUCAGGGGAUAGAACUAUCAAAGUUUGGAAUACAUCAACCUGUGAAUUCGUCAGAACGCUAAAUGGGCACAAGCGAGGUAUAGCUUGUUUGCAGUACCACGAUCGAUUGGUUGUAAGCGGUAGCUCAGACAAUACAAUAAGAUUAUGGGAUAUCGAAUGCGGAGCUUGCCUAAGAGUUUUAGAAGGACAUGAAGAAUUGGUAAGAUGUAUAAGAUUCGACUCAAAACGCAUAGUAAGCGGAGCAUACGAUGGCAAGAUCAAAGUUUGGGAUCUGGAAAGCGCCCUGGAUCCUAGACAACCACCGGCUACGUUAUGCUUAAGGACUCUUGUGGAGCAUACUGGAAGAGUAUUUAGAUUACAAUUUGAUGAAUUUCAAAUCGUAUCGUCUUCUCACGAUGACUCAAUUUUAAUCUGGGAUUUUCUCAACGCGGACGACAGCGACGAAACAACAAACAACUCAAAUUCGCCAAAUCGAACAUAUACCUACGUGCAACAACCCCGCUGA